AUGGACGCCCUCCCCAUCCCGUCCCUCUCCCUCUCCCGCUCCCACUCUCGCGCAAAGUCCCCAGCGCUGCACCCGCUCGACAAGCGCCAGUACGCGCUCGGCAUCGGCCUCCUGCUCCUCGUCGUCGUCCUCUGGACCAGCGCGAAUUUCGUCACACAGGUGCGUCCGUGCGUGCGCGGCCGGACGAGCCUGCGCGACCUGACCAUCACGUACCUCAACACGAGCUCGUUCUCGCUCUACCUCGUGCCGUUUCUCGUGCGGAGGCUAUGGCGCCGCGACCGCGCCGGACUCGACAAGGUCCCCCCCCCGUCGGCGGCGCUCCCGCCGCUGACCGUGCGCGAGACGAUCCACCUCUCCUCCAUCUUCUGCUUCUUCUGGUUCGUCGCGAACUGGUCGGGCAACGCCGCGCUGGGCUUCACGAGCGUCGCCAGCGCGACGAUCCUGUCUAGCAUGAGCGGCUUCUUCACGCUCGGCGUUGGACGCCUUUUUGGCGUCGAGACGCUGACGUUGGCCAAGAUCGGCGCGGUCGUGACGAGCUUCGGCGGCGUCCUCCUCGUGUCCCUCUCCGACUCGCACCAGUCCCAGCCCGCGACCGCGCUGCCGACCGCGUUCGACGCCCCGCCCGCGAGCACGCCGCACGCGGGGCAGCGCCUGCUCGGCGACAGCCUCGCGCUCCUCUCCGCGUUCUUCUACGCGCUGUACGUCACCCUGCUCAAGGUCCGCAUCCGCUCCGAGGCGCGCAUCGACAUGCAGCUGUUCUUCGGCUUCGUCGGGCUCUUCAACGUCCUCGCGUGCUGGCCCAUCGGCGUGCUCCUGCACCUCACCGGCGUCGAGCGGUUCGCGCUCCCGAGCUCGCGCCGCGCCGUCGUCGCUCUCCUGAUCAACAUGGCGAUCACGCUCUCGAGCGACUACAUCUACGUCCUCGCGAUGCUCAAGACGACCCCGCUCGUCGUGACGAUCGGCCUGAGUCUGACGAUGCCCCUCGCCGUCGUCGGCGACGUCCUGCUCGGCAAUACGGUGCACCUGCAAGUCGUCGUCGGCGCGCUCCUGCUCCUCGCGAGCUUCGUCGUCGUGGGCGUCGAAGACUCCAAGGAGCCGCCGCCCGCCCGCGCGCUCGCGGACGUGGAGGCGCGCGCGCGGGGCCGGCGGUACUCCCGAGUGCGGGGGGAGGAGGAGGAAGCGGAGGCAGAGGCGGACGAUAUCGCGCGUGCCGAUCGCGCUGGCGGCACGUGAGCGCGUAUGGAGACCCGGGCAUCGUGCGUGGGGUGCACGCGGUCGCGCGUCCGAGCGGACAGGACACAGAGGUCUUCUCGCCGUGCCCGGGCGCGCGCUGGGUGGCCUGCUUACGCCGCUGCGCGUUACGGCUGCGUGGGGCCUGGAGGAUACCCGUAUAGAGCUUUCUCGGUGGGGGUGUACGAUAGGAUCAGACAGAUGCAAUAACGACGGGUCCCCGGACGGCCUUUUUCCAC